AUGGGUUUCCUGGCUUCAAUUCCCUCUGCCCCUCUUUUCACCUACAUAUAUGCAGGCCUGGCCAGGGAUCGCACCAGCAUCGACAGCGCUUCCAGCGGCACCGGCACACCUACAAACCGCAUCGGCCGCAGCAGCGGCAACCUCGGGCUGCUCUCCGCCGCCGCCGCAGCCCGCGCGGCGGCCGCACGCGCGCUGCCCCAGCCUGCGGCGGCCCGCGCCGAGGCCGCGCGCCCGCCCAGGCGCGCGCCGCCGCUGCGCUGCAUGCGGUCCGCCGCCAUGGACGCCGCGGCGGUCGCAGCCUUCUGCUGCUACACCCUCAACAGCCGCGCGGCCGCCGCCGCCGCCGGCGCGCGGCUCGGCGGCCUGUGGGUGAUGGGGGAGACCAUGCACGCGAUGAUGCGCCUGGCGGGCCGCCCCGCGGGCUGGGCGGGGCUGCGGCUCGCGCCGCAGUUUGACCAGCCGCUGGCUAGCGCGUCGCUGGCCGAGUUCUGGUCAAAGCGGUGGAACGUGACGCAGGCGCAGAUCCUCAGGCCGCAGCAGCCGCCCGCUCCUUCCGCAGCCCCCUGGGAGCUCGGCCCGGCCGCAGGCGCCGGCACGGGGCGCGCCCCUGAGGGCGGAGAGCCGAGCGGCAGCAUCACCCCUGCAAGCAGCUGCGGCAGCGUAGACCUUGUGUGGGCCGAAGUGGAGUAUUCCGGCGCCGCCGCCUCGCUGCAGCUCGCGCCGCGCGGCAGUGGCGUCGGCGGCGCCGGCGGCGCCGCCAAGAGCCGCCUCGGCGGCAAGCACCAGCGGCAGCAGCACCAGCAGCAGCAGACCAAGGGGCCUGCCCCAGCCGCGGCCGGUGGGGCGCUGGGGGCGCCGCUGCAGCCGUCGAGGGCGCCGCGCUGGAGGCGCGAUCUGGCCACGUUUGCGACUUUUCUGGCCAGCGGGGUCGAGCACGAGGUCUACCACUGGUACGUCAUGCGCCGCUGGGGCUGGCGCUGGAUGGCCUUCUUCCUGCUGCAGGCCCCCCUGCUGCUCGCAGAGUCCCGCGCCCGCCGCUGGGCGCGCGCCGCAGGCGCCGCGCCGCGGCCCGCCGCGGCGCGGCUCGCGGUGCUGGUCGUGCUGGGGCUUGUCGCAGACGCGUUUUUCUGGCCCGUGGUGGCGCAGCCGCUGCUGGUGGCGCGCAUCGCGGCGUCGGCGCACGGCUUCUGCUCCGACGCGCUUGUGGUGGCGGCGGGCGUGGCGCCGGCAGGGCACGUGGCCGCGGUCGCAGCGGUCGCGGCGCCGCUGCUGAGGGUGCUGGCGGGUGUGGCGGGGACGGUCGAGGUGGUUGGUAGGGGCGGGCUUGCAGUUGCGGCGUGA